CACUUCCGGGUGUCUGAGACUCUUCCUCCCUCUAACUUGUUAACCUUUUAAACGGAGUCUGGUUUAUUUUGUCACUUUUAGGAAUGAAGAGUUAACAGAGAAGAGAAACUGACGGUGUGAAGAAGAAAGAAGUUUGUUUUUAACACUGUGAAGGAGGAAGUUGAAGAGGAGAAGUGGGAAGAGUCAGAUGAUGGAGGAGGCGGAGCCGGGAGGAGGCGUCACAGAGGAGGAGACUCCUCCGAGGGAAGCAAACAGUAACUGCAACCAUACAGACGGCGAUGUCACUUCCUGUCCAGCUGAGGCUCCAGGCCUUCCAGCAACGUCACAGAAACCAGGACCUGUGGUGGUUCAAGGCAACGCCAAGAACCCGGCCAGCGAGAAGCUAAAGAGAGUCUGCAAGUGGAGCAUCACCACCUACAAGUGCACUCGACAGGCUCUGUCGGAGAAGCUGGGUCAGGGGUCCCGUACGGUGGACCUGGACCUGGAGCGUCGCCUCGAGCUGCUCAAAGACGACCGGCAGCGCUACGACAGCAUGACCAAGCUGGCCAAGACGCUGGCCAAUCAGCUCGCUCAGUUCUCGGUUACCCAGAAGACCCUGGGGGACACCUUUGCCGAGCUCAGCCUCAAGACGCCGACGCUGCAUGUGGAGUUCGGCGUGAACGCAGACACUCAGAAGUUUCUGUCGAAGAGCAGCGACACUUUGACGGCGUCCGUCAACGCCUUCACGUCCGACAUGAACACUCUGGUCAACAAAACCAUGGAGGACACCAUGAUCAGCGCCAAGCAGUACGAGGCCGCCAGGAUCGAGUACGACGCAUACCGAGUGGACCUGGAGGAGCUGAACCUGGGACCCCGAGACGCCGUCACUCUGCCCAAACUGGAGCUGGCCCAGAGAGACUUCCAGAGCCAGAGGGACAGGUACCAGAGGAUCAGAGAGGACCUGUCCGUCAAAGUCAAGCUGCUGGAGGAGAACAAGGUGAAAGUCCUUCACAAACACCUGUGGCUGCUCCACAGCUCCAUGGCCGCUCACGGUUUAUCGUGUCACAGCUUCCUGCAGCAAAACAUCCGGCGGGCAGCCAAACACCAGAACAACCCCGGUGUGGACGCCCCCUCCUGGCUGGAGAAGAGUUGAUACAACUACAUAACGGAUGUUUUGGGGAUUAACGGACUAGAAAUGCACGCGAUUGAAAUGACUAUUUGCGAUAGGUAGGUAGUUUAUCUAUAGCAGAGCUUGUGGGGUUGGGAUGGAUUUCUAACCUCUGGAACACUGAGUGAGUUCGAGGGUUUAGAGGGAAGUUAAUUAUCUUGGAUGUUGUUGGUCUCCUGCUUAGAAAAGGUGGAAUUUCAACACUCCAGGUCUUAUUUUGAUAUCCAGAACACUAGUGAUCUCUCUUUACUUUACAAUCACAGACGUAUAGUUCUUGUGACCUGUUUAACAGAGACGCAUACACCCCUACUGGAUUUCUUGCCUCUGUCUCAGUGUGUUGGGGAGUAAAUCCAUAAUCCUCUGAGAGGCACUAAGCCUUUCUUUGAACUUUGUAAAAAUCCUCAGCCGCUGCACUCAGAAACUCAGAGUGACUAGAAGUGGCUCAACACCACUGCUGGAAAACAGCUUCUCUUUUCCUUUAGCGGCAGAAAUCCACCACUCCUGUAACCUCCGAUAGGCCGUUUUGUUUUUGGAUCUGGGUCCUCAACUACAACCAAAUACCUGGACUCACAAUGAAUCUUUUGUCUCUUCUCGUUCUUUUUUUAAUAAGCUUCUCAUUUUUAAGCCAGCGCCGUCGUCUCUCUUAGUGGUUAAAAUUACAAACGGUUGCCAGAUGAUAUGAAGCUGUGUUUAAUUAAAGA